AGCACGCAGUCGCCUGUGGACAGGGGACGAUCUCAAGCUGCUCCCAGUUCCGGGCCGGCAGCCAGCUUCCUUGGAUGGUCAGAGGUGAAAUCUGAACACUGGUGAAUGGAGAGCGGAAGCUCAGCAAGGCUGAGUUAAGCCCAUUCAUGAAAAAGAUCUCGUCUCACUUCCUCAUUGCCAGGAGCCGUGUGUGGAGGGCGUGUGCGUGCGCUUGUGUGCCAGGCGGUGAUUACUUUCUGUCUCGCUCCUUCCCCCACCCCUGCUCUUGUCUUUCUUCCCUGCUCUCUCUCAAAAUCUUAAGUUCAUCCUCCGGAAGCUGCCAAAGAAUAUGUAGCUGGUCUGUGGUUUGCCAGAAAAAGAAAGAGGCAGAUUCAUACAAAAGCAGUCCUCCGUCACACACGCCUGGAAACACACCUAUGUUGCUGAUUACACACAAGUUUAAGGCUGUUUUAUUCUUCCGGUGUGCAGAAACAUGAGAGACCCAUGGAAAAUUGUCUCCUAGCAAUUCCAAAUUGAAAAGUUAAAAGAAGCUAAAGAAAACAAAUGGAAAUCCUAGGAAAGGCAUUUCUACCUACGUGUAAAAACGAGAAGCCGACUUACAGAGAAGCCAAGGGAUUUGACUAUGUCGCGUUGGAAGAGUCAGCGCUACAACAUGCAAGCUCCCUGAAGCUCCAGGCUGGUCGCUGCUUUUCGCCCACAGAGGCCCAGCUCCCAAACGUCCGUGCACUAAGGCCAAGCAACGCGUCAAAAAGGCCCAUGCCAUGCCCUCCGAAUAUGGGCGCUACACCCAGGCCUGCCAAGGACAUUCAACUUCCUUCCUUCCUCCACGGCAGCACCAUGGAAGGGAGAGCCUGGAAGCUGGAAAGUGGACCUCAAGUUUGCGUGGCUCCGAGUGAGAUCUCUGGCCAGGGCAACACUUCUCAAACGUAUGAAAGAGCCAGUGAAAACUCCAGCCAGACACACUUAAUCACUGAGAAACACAGAAGAGGGAGGCGCCCAUCCUGCUUGGUGACCCGGGAGCUGGGGAGCAACAGGACCAUCAGCUUUCCCUCCUUGCUCCCACGCCCGGUGUCGGAUGCAAGCGAGGACCUCCCUGCCGUCUCCGUGUGCAUCUGCAUACACGCGGCACACAUGCUCGUGGGCUCUCACACCAGGGAGACUUGCUUGCUUCUGUGUGUGUGUGUGCGCGCAUGUGUGUGUGUGCGUGUGCGCGUGCAUGUUCUUACACACACACCCGCUUCCUCUUCUGCUGCUCACCGCCGCAAUCCUCUGAGAGUGCAGCACAAGGUUUCCAUUAGUGAAGCACAUUUUUGUGCGAUGGAUGUUGAACCGGGGGAAAGAAAGCAGACUGCUGUCCAUGAUGGAUGGGUUUCCGAGAGGACUUCCCAGGGUGGUCCUUUGGGGGCUGGGGUGGAGGCAUGCGGACGCAGGGCUCACAACAUUCCCUGUCUCGGUGUGAUGUCUGUGUCGGGUCUGCCUGCUCUGCCCGUGGGCUCUGCACCCCCAUUCAUCCCCUUGCGUCACCCCCACCCACCGCAGCGAUCCUCCCUCCCCCAACACCCCGUGCCUCCAGCUUCCCUCAGUUCAGACAUACUUUGUUCUCAUUUUAGAACAAAAAGUGACAUGUCCCGUGUGCUUGUUCUUGAUUGUGGAUGUGGCAGCCCCUACGAGGAAGGCAUGGUUUGGAGACCAGAGCUCACGAAACAUCACCCAUUAUUCCUGCGUUUUAACAAGACUCUAUGUCUCUCUGAAGAAUGCUGAGAUUUGCACAAACUUUGUAAACGUAAUUUUCCGGAACACUCACCCUUAUGGCCGCAUGCAGACAGAACGAGAGACUAGGAGGGUGAACCGAGGCCCAGCUCUGGAUUCUCAACAGCUUGCACAACGCCUCAAACACGAUUAGCAUG